AUGUCGGACAACAAUGAGACUUCGAAUUCAGCUGUGGCAGCUUGCCCGCCAAACCCUUCCCAGAUAUCCUCCAGCGAGGGCGGCCAUGACAAGAAAACUAACGACAACCACGACAGAAACCGACGUGGUAGCGGCAGAAGCCGGGGAAGAGGUGGUGGCAGAGGUCGGAAUGGCAGCUGGACUGAUAAACCGAAUAGAGAGAAACGGGCUCGCGAUGACCAAGGAAGAGCCGCUUACAAUCAUAGCACCAAAAAACAGCGCUCCUAUGGGCAAGGCACUGAGGAAAACAAAGUAGAAGGGUUAGAUGAAGAAAAGGAAGAGAGAAAGCCCAAACGUAAGGUUGCAGUCCUUAUCGGAUAUUGCGGAACCGGGUACAGAGGAAUGCAGUUGAAUCCACCGCAUAAAACUAUUGAAAGCGAUAUAUUUGAAGCCUUUGUCAAAGCUGGCGCAAUAUCAAGAGCCAAUUCCAAUGAUCCAAAGAAGUCAUCCCUUGUUCGUUGCGCACGUACAGACAAAGGCGUCCAUGCUGCUGGAAAUGUAAUCUCUUUGAAGCUCAUAAUUGAGGACCCUGAUAUAGUGCAGAAGAUUAACGCCGAACUUCCCGAACAAAUCCGUGUAUGGGGAAUCCUACGCACCCUUGGCUCUUUCAGCUGCUACCAAAAGUGUGAUAGCAGGAAAUACGAAUACCUUCUUCCGACCCAUUGUUUUCUACCACCGCACCCAAAAACAUUCCUUGCACAAAAACUCAGAAGCAUUGCCGAGAAAGAAGGAGAUCUUGAAGGCUUACUUGAGAGGCAAAAGGAAGUUGAUGGAUGGUGGGAUGAAGUCGAUGACAAGGUCAGGAAGCAACUCAAAGAUGAAGACCCGGAAUUAUUCAAGAAGGCCAUGUAUGAAGAAAGCGAGUCGGACAAAGAAGUCGUGCUGGGUAAUGAUGGGCGGCUCAGAAGCAGGUCUCCAGACGUAGACAUAAACAUGGGACCCAUGGAGAUUGAGGGAAAAAUCAAGAGCGAGGCGGAAAAGGUUGAGGAAUUGCGCUAUAAGAUUAGGGCUGUCCAUCGAGUAGAAAAGAGGGCAUACCGGAUAUCCCAGGAGCGCCUGGCGAGAGUCAGGGAGGCGUUUAAGGCCUACGAAGGCACUAAAAACUUCCACAAUUAUACUAUUAAUAAAACCUUCUAUGAGGCAAGCUCUAAGAGGCAUAUCAAGUCCUUUGAGGUCUUGGAUCCGAUCAUCAUUAAUGACACAGAAUGGGUAUCUCUGCGAGUCCAUGGUCAAUCUUUUAUGAUGCACCAGAUCAGGAAAAUGGUCGGUAUGGCAAUGAUGGUUGUCCGCACAGGCUGCCCUAUUGAACGUAUCGAGCAAACUUUCAGAUCUAGAAAAAUCACCAUUCCUAAAGCACCAAGUUUAGGGCUUCUUCUUGAGUAUCCCGUCUUCGAAAGCUACAACAAGAGUGCUGUAGAAGCACAUUCUCGAGAGCCGAUUAACUUCACUUUAUAUUCGAAGGAGAUUGAUGCGUUCCGCGAGAAAAUGAUCUACUCUAAACUUUUCGAGGAUGAAAGAAAUGGCAAUAUAUACACUGGAUUCGUCCACUUUUUAGACUCAUUUAAGAGCCCACAUUUCACCUACUUAUCUUCUACAGGGUUCAAAGCUCUUGAUGAAGAGCUUGAAGCACAAAGAAAUAUUAAUGAUGAGAUGGUGGCUGAUUCCGAGGAUGAAGAUGCUGGGUCUGAUGCUGAAGCUGGUUAA